CACCACCCCACGCAACCUACCUGCCAGUUGCCACUGCUUUCAACAUAAGCUUCCUCCCCUUCCCAACUCACGCGCAUUCUCCUCCACGCGUCCAUUCUCUCUCAACAUCCCCACCUCUCUACUCUUCCCCCUCGCACAACCACUACUCUUCCCCCCCACACUGGCCCAUUGUCGACCAGGCAGAUGGUUUGCCCCUCGUCAAGGCAAUAACACGCGCUUCAACGGCCGGCAAAACCCCUAGUGGGUAGUCGUCGAGCCUCAGUCCCCCCACCCCACUCAACACACCAACCGCCUACGCCGAGCACGCCGUCUUCCUCAGCGAGGAGGCGAGUCGAGACCACCACAGCCCAGCUCGACUCCAGCAAGCCCAGUUCCAAACAGCGUACAGCACACUUACCGGUCUAUUGCCCCGUCCCUCUCCCCCCACCCUUCCCAUCUCACUCGCCGACACACCCUUGUUUUUCUUUAGCGCCCGCCCUCCUCCGCGACCGCACCCGUCGUCACAAUGGUCCUCAUCAACGACAAAAAGUAUGCGUGCGCGACCUGCAUCAAGGGUCACCGCGUGUCGGGGUGCACGCAUACCGACCGGCCCCUGUUCGAGGUCAAGAAGAAGGGCCGCCCGGCGACGCAGUGCCAGUUUUGCCGCGACAAGCGCAAGGGUUCUGCGUCGUCGGCCAGCGCCAGCAAUGGAGGUGGCAGCGUUCACACAAAGUGUUCUUGCGGUGACCUCAAGAACCAGGCGCCCUCUACCAUUUUGCCGGGAGGAGCGGCAACCGCAGCCGCCACCAUCGUCGCAUCUGCCCAACCACCACCGGCACCGGCCCCACUGAUUGUCCCAGAAGUUGUCGAAACAAAGAAGGGCGUUCCUGGAUCUACGCCUACGUUCCCAAACGGUCUCAAGGAUGUCCAUGACAUGGCCGCAGCGGCAGAGGCGCUCACUGGCCUCAGCGGCGACAGCAGCCGCGCCGCCGAACGGAAGUUGCAAAAUCUCCUCAACCCAUGCCACUGCCAGACGACGGGCCUGUGCAAGUGCUGUGCGCCGAAGCGACCGGCAGCUGCUCCCGUUGCCGAAGCAGCGCGUCGGGAGCGCUCGCCUCCGCGUAUCGACACCCAUGCCCAGGUCACGGACAGCCUCAUUGAAAUGUUCAAGGCCAAGGCGACGACAACGACGCCAUCCGAGGCCGGGACGAGCAACUCUGGCUCUUCUACGCCGAGCCAGGCCGCGACCAUGCAGCCGUUCAGCAGUCUGGUGCGGGCAAACCUGUCCAUGACAACAGCCAACCUGGCAUCUCCGGACAAAAGGCACCACCCCGCACACACCUCACCGCAUGUUCACAAGACGCGCCUCUAUUCGCCAUACUCUACCAACGGCCACUCGUCGCCCCGGCACGGCAAGGCUCGCAGCGAGUCUGGUUCCUCGGCGUCGGGCCUGUCACCCGUGGCAUGGACCAACGGCCAGUCGAUUCGUCCACCGCCGCCACGCCUGCGUCCGCUCACGGAUCUAAACAGGCUGCUCGGUGCUGCGUUCAACCAGGACGGCUCCAUUGCAUCGGAGAUCCCUCGCUCGGUUCUUGGACUGCCAGGUAUCCAUACCUUCGAUACCGCUGCCCAGCAAGGCGGCAUCAAGGUCGAGACAAUGGAGAUGGAGGUCGACGGUCCUGUGGCGUUCCCAACCUCGGAAGACGUCACCAUUUCCGGAUGCACGUGUGGCGACGGUUGCGAGUGUCCCGGCUGUGCACUGCACGGUAACCCGCCAGCGCCGGGUUCUUCGUCGACCGAUGACCACCAUGGCCACGAUGGUGCCUGUGGCCCCAACUGCCCGAGUCGCUUCGACUGCCACAACCACGUCUCCAUCCCUUCGGGUGUGCAGUCGGUCGAGCAGCUCAUCAAGGUGGCCGCUGCAAACGUGCCUGCGCCAAGGGUUCAGCGUGCGACCGACCUCAAUCCGCACGACACGACCGUGUUGCCGCCAGCGGCCCACAUGGGCGACGACGCGGCGCGGGCGUUCGGCCUUGUGCAGCUUCUCCCGCUCGAGUGCUGCAACGGCAGGUGCCAGUGCGCGCCUGGUGAAUGCACCUGCGAGAGCUCGUGCUGCGGAUGCUGUGUGCGCUGUGCCUGUGACGAGGACGGUGACACCCACAUGCACGACGCGGCCGAGCCGCCAACGGCACCAGCCGCUGGCGGUGGCUGUUGUGGCGGAGGAGCCGCCUCGACCUCGACCCCGCCGACGACUUCGACAAACGGGCUGCUCCAACCCACGCCGCAAUCGACCUCGCCCCUUGCCUUGACACCAUCUUCUGCGCACAGACAGCCAUCACCUCAGCCAUCGACGUCAGCCAUUCCAAAAUCGACUUCCACACCACCAAAUGGAGUAGCUACCGGCUUGCCGGCUGGUGGGCCCGUGCGUCGCACGACAUCGGUUCAUCGCGCCAAAGAGGCUUCCAACGGCCCGACAGGCCGACGUACAUCAGUGUCGAGUGUCACUAGUGGAGCCUCUGUUCAGCGUUCGAGCUCACUUGGCUCAAAGUCGUCGGCCAAGGCACUCGCGUUGCACACCAACCCGCACCACCCUCGCCCAAUCUUGCCAAAGCCAUCUGCAGCGGGAGCCAGUCGCCUAGCACCGCCACGUUCAGCCUCUGGCAGUGGCAGCGCCAGACAACACUCGCCUACCGCCCAGCCACCGUCGUCGCAGGCUUCGAGAAGUGGCAGCCCUGGUGCGGCUGGAGCUGUCCCAGUACCAGAAUCAGAUCGCGACGACAUUGCUUCGACAGAUCGUGGUAUGGCAGUCGGAGUCGACGACAUUGCAACGGCCCUCGCAGCGUCCGAGGUGGACUUUAUGGCCUUCUUCAACCAGCUCCUGUCGACCAACGGCGUCGCGUCGGAUGAGUCCCCCUUUUCGAGUCUCACCGGUCCGCCAGAAAUCAACGUGCAGGGAGUAGACGCAGACGGUGUGCCAAACCCUCCAAUGUUCAAUGCCAACAUUGGCGAUUACGGCGCGUCCAUGGGGGAUAUCCAGGAGCUUAUCGCGGGCGCGCUGGCGCAGCAGGGCGUGAUUGACGCGCCGGAUGCUGGCGCGGCCCAGCAGCAGCAGCAGCAGCAGCAGCAGCAGCAGCAGCAGCAGCAGCAGCAGCAGCAGCAGCAACAGAAGCAACAGGAGCACCUGGCUCAGCAGCAGCAGCAGCAGCAGCAACGACAAGCGCAACCCCCGACUCAGCCCCAGCCCCAACCCCAGGCGCAGCUGCCCACACCAUCACAAAACCCCGACAUUACAUCCAACUUCAACUUCUUCUUCAACCUCGCGACCGUCCCGCAGACCAAUGGCCUGCCAAUCCGCGCGCAGGGUGAUAUGAGUACAGCCGAGGCGAACGCGGCCGAGGCCAGCAACAAGGGAUACUUCCCCUUCGGCCAAGACGCACAACUCGCCGGCAUUGUCGGGUUCCAGCCAACCAGCCAGCAGGGGUUGUCGAACCAGGCCUCUUCUACGAACGGCGCGUCGCCCGAACAGUUCUUCAAGCGCCACGAUGAUGUGUACUACCCCGGCUUUGGCAACAGCUUUGCGGCGUUACCUCUUAUGCCAGGCGAGAACAAUGCGCCGUCUCGCGGCAGCAUUAGCAGCGCAAGUGAGCAGCCACCUGCGGCGAUUCUGCAGCCCGAGGCUGUUGCCGCGGCUUCGCAGCUGCAGGCGCCGCUUGCCGCCGCGGCCAACGGGCAGAUCAACCCAGACAUUAUCGACCUGUCCAAGCCGCUGAACCCGUCCGAUGUGGACCGAAUUCUGCAGGCGCUGCUAAACCAGCAAGCGCGGCAGUCAACAGUCGCGGGGGCCGCGCCGGUCCCGGUCGCCGCGGCGCCAACCCAGCCUCCGCCCCUCAUGCGCUCGCACCCGUCGUCCGAGUCGAGCGUGUCGCAGACACACAUGCUGGCGAAUGCGACUGCGAGCUUGUCUGUCGGUGACCCGUUUGACGAGUUUUUGUUUGACCCGUCGACCAUGUCUGCAAUGGACACGGACUCGCCGGCGGCGUCGGUGGGGGCGGGGCCUGCUGGUGCGGGGCAAAACGCCACUGUAAACGGAGGCGCCGUGCUUGCCAACGGUGGCGGCGCGGUGCAGUGGCCCAACAUGCUGCCUCCAUUCCAGGCUUAG